UGUAUUUUGCAACGGCUGGCUAGCUCUUUGUUAUGAUCACCUUUUGCAAACAUCAUUGGAUGCCAUAGAACGCUUUAUUUACCUAUAUAGGCAAUGUUUAGGAAUAAGUCAUUCGAAGGGCUGCCUGGCAGCGAGGGAUGUGAUGUAAGUGAGGCUAGAAGAUGUAGCAAGUGUUGCAGAUGCUGCACCUGUAAGUGUUGUUCCAUUGCCACUGUGGUGAUAAUUGUCCUGGUGUUUGUUGUGCUGUUAGCUGUUUACUUCGGCUUUGGUUACCCCAUCCACGCCUCCUGUACCAUCAACUGGGCCUUCCCCCAGAACUGCUCAUCUGUAAACACCAGUCUGAUAGCCCAGAUGGAGGAGUGGACGUCUAGGGACAACUGUCUGGAUGGAGGACAGAAGUGUCUGUAUACGUUUAUCAGUUCGUCCAGUACAGAGUUGAAGGGAACCCACACAACACCUGUACGUGGUUACAUUGAUGACAUGACCUUCACUUUCAUGGACCCCCAGGACUCUCAGACUACAUGCAGUGUCAAGGCCUUCUCUACCUCGCGGGUGUGGUAUGCGUACCUGGACUUUGGAACCAACUAUUGUAACCUGAGAAACCUGGCGGAGGGGGCGGGGCUGACCUCUGGGUCAAACUUCUCAGAGGUCACCAGGGACAGCAUUUGUACACAAUAUACAUCCAGGAACUGUGAGGUCUACUGAGGAUGCUUUUAGACUGAAAAUUCAUGGUUUACAUGUACCUCAAAUAUAACAUGCUCAUAACAUGUUUACAGCCUGGCACGUGUGACCAGUUGCUGACGUCACAUAUUGCAAGGUUGCAUGUUAAUAAGAUCACGGGGCUGUCUGUAACUUUUGCGCGAUCGUAGGUUUACGUUCCGAAGUGAUUGGUAAUCUGUAUAUAUAUGUAUGUAUGUAGAUCAUAAAGGAGACAGUGGUUGUUGAAAAUUUGAUCAGUGUAUACCUUGGUGUUGGAAGAAAGUUAAGCAUUGUAUCAUGUACAUGUCUUACAUGCUGUUUUUCAUCAAAGCGAAUUGCACAAAUCUUUAAUUACAGACUGAACUGUCAGACCCAUGUAUCUAUCAUAUUUAGCUGUUUAAGCUAAUACUUUUGUGGAAAUCUACUUUAAUGUGCAGAAGUUGCAAAAUUGAUUGUACAAAUAAUAUAAACAUGUACUGUUUUAUUAAACUGUUGCUAUUGGUUUAUAUACUGCAUUGUAAAUCUUUGUGUGUGUGAGUGUAGAAAUAUGACGAAACCUCAUUAAUAAUUUUAAAUCUUAUAAAUAAAAGCAAAUCUCAUCCAGUACAGUCUUUUUACUUGCACCAGACCUCAAUGAAAACACAAGCAAGGAUUUCAUGUAAGAUUGUGUUAUAUCUUAUACAAGGUCCUUGUCUUAAAAUGCUUUGCUACAUGCUAUAUCUUUGUUCAGCAGAAAUAUUGCUUCCUCUUCAACUUUGAAUCUUUGCACAUCAUAUCUAACUUCCUUUGAUACCAGCCUUUAUUUGGAAUCCAAAUAAUGUAUGAAAGGGUUGGCAAAUUUGAAGUGGCAUAAUUCCACCUUGAAAACCUGUUUCAGGAUAUCGCAUACAGUAUCAUAAAGAAUAAAACACAGCCAAGCUUUAAGUACAGUGAACAAGACCACAUGUUAAGUGGAGACCGGUUUACUGAAAAUCAUGAAUUAGUAGUGAUACAAAUAUUGCACAUUCUUGGUCAAAACAAAUCAUACAGCGUCGGAUAUAUGCCAUUUUAGGUUUCACAAGAGCUAAUGUCAUGUACAUGUAACAAACACUACAACAUUUACAUACAUCAUAAUUUUGGCAAACAAAAUAGCAAUGAAUGAACUACAAUUGAAUCAAUGUAAUAACUUGCAAGAUACACAAUCUGUUAAGAAAAGUGUUUAAGAAAAUGCACACUUGCAUAGAGUGUGUUCUGGAGCAAAAUCCCUCUUGCCAAGGAGUUUGUUAAUACUAGUAAAUACUUGCACAUUGUUACAUUCAUUGAAGUGCCUGCUGUCAUGACUUUUUACGCACUUUAUACAACUGUAAAAUAUCUAAAGAAAAACUACAAAGCUUUGACAAAGCAGUUUCAAAGACUGCUCGGUGUAACAUGACAUUAUUAAAUUCUCAUGUACAUGGUUAAUGAUAUACUAAGUCUGUUAGAACAGCAAACAAUACAAUUUAACAAUGAGGUACAAAAAUGGAUACUCCAGAAUCUGCAGACUGGGCUGUAAUAUAUAAAUAUAAUACUUAAUCAGCUAAUUAAAGAGAGACAACCCUGGUUUUCCAGUCACUGGUGCAAUGUUGCAAAAUAUAUCUUUUAAACCCUUGGUUUCAACUCUCUCUAAAGGGCACAUUCUAAACAUAAAAUGUCACGAAUUACUAUGAGACAGCCCAUAUCCACCUACACAUCAACUGUCACAUCAGCAAAUAGAUCAAUCAAUGUGCACUUCCAUCUAUCGGCAUGAAUGAGAGCUUUUGAAAA